AUGGCUGAAGCCUCGGCGCCACCAAGCGCGGCGGAGGAGGCGAAACAGUCCGGCACCGCGGCCUUCAAGGCUGGCAGGUUCGACGAUGCCGUGGCCCACUUCACUACCGCCAUCGAGGCCGACCCGCAGAGCCACGCGUCGCUCCUGGACGCGAACCAGUGCAUCAAGCUCGCUCCCACCUGGGCCAAGGGCCACUCGCGCCGCGGCGCGGCCUACGCUACAACCACGGGGAGGCACGUAGUGACGCAAGGGAGUCUCUUCGAGGAUGACUUGCAGCACGGAGCCAUCGUCGCGUACGAGGAAGGGCUGGCACACGAGCCCGACUCGGCGGUGAUGAAGGAGGCGGCGGACUAG